AUGUCCGCUACCAUGACAGUUACUGCUCCUCCGGAGAUCACGGCUGACAACGUCGCCACCCUUUUCCCCGACGUCGACACUUCCCUUGCCCGCGAUGUUCUCCCCACCGCCACUGACAACUCCGCGCGCGAGGGUACCGAGCUCGAUGGCUACGACGACGAGCAAGUCCGCUUGAUGGAGGAGGUCUGCAUUGUUUUGGAUAACGAUGACAAGCCUAUUGGUAGCGCUAGCAAGAAGACCUGCCACUUGAUGACCAACAUUGAUAAGGGUCUUCUACACCGCGCAUUCUCCGUCUUCCUGUUUGAUUCCAACAACCGCCUCCUGCUCCAACAGCGCGCCACCGAGAAGAUCACCUUCCCCGACAUGUGGACAAACACUUGCUGCUCGCACCCCCUGGGCAUUCCCGGUGAGACCGGUGCUGAGCUGGAUGCCGCAGUCCUGGGCGUGAAGCGCGCCGCUCAGCGUAAGCUGAACCACGAACUGGGAAUCAAGGCCGAGCAAGUGCCGCUGGACAAGUUCGAGUUCUUCACUCGUAUUCACUAUAAGGCCCCGAGCGACGGGAAAUGGGGAGAGCACGAGGUGGACUAUAUACUUUUCAUCCAGGCCGAUGUCGACCUGGAGCCAAGCGCUAAUGAGGUGCGCGAUACCUGCUACGUGUCUGCCGAUGAGCUGAAGGCCAUGUUUGAGAAGCCCGGUUUGAAAUUCACUCCCUGGUUCAAGCUCAUCUGCAACUCAAUGUUGUUCGAGUGGUGGAGCCACUUGGGUACCUCCGCCCUCGACAAGUAUAAGGGUGAAACCCAGAUCCGUCGGAUGUGA